AUGGACAAUGACAUCGUUGGAUGUUUCCUGAAUCUAAGCGUAGGUUAUUAUUUUUCUUAAGUGAACAGUGGAGUUUCACUGGAAUCUUUUGCUUUGUAAGUCGACAUUGAUGGACCAGUUUUGUUCUACAGUCACCGGCUUUGCCAACAAGUUGAUCCGUUUGAAUUUGUCGUUUACACAGUGAUUUCAAAAGUUCUUAGCAAGGUGUCAGUAAUGUUUGACAUCUGUUGUCAAGAGUCUGUCAAUGUUCUACCUUAGGAUCAGUUUGGUAUUUAGAUCUGCUUUGCGCUAUGAAGCCGAAGAAAGAGUCCACGGGCAAUUCAUAACUGAUAUGAAAAUUAUAUAAAACUCCCCCACUGGUUUCAGGUUCGUAUUCGCGACCUGUAGCACUACCUCAGUAGCCAUGAUGAUAUUUUACGACUUCAAAAAAAAAUACCACACAUUUAUUUAAUAUUGACACAAGGAGAAGUGAUUGCAAUAACUCUCGAUUACCUCUUUAUUUUUCAAAGCAGAAAUGAAACUUUCCACAUCUUCUAAAUUGAAUUCUGAAGUUUUUUUUUUUUAUCAAGAGCUAAUUUUUCAUUUUUGUUCUGCAAUCUUCAACAAUAUACCUGUGGGUUUACUCAAGAGCACCUGUUCUGGCUCGUCCAUAUUUUUUUCAUAGUCGUGUGAUAUUUAUCUUAGGUGUUAUGAUAUUACGGCCCGCCUAGAACCGCGACGACAGUCACAUCGGCCCGCCCUGAACCGCGACGACAGUUAGAUGUAGUAUAUAUUCAUUCGACAAAUAUCUCGUCUACAACGCUGCUCAUUUGAUUGCCAUGUCCCUUUACGAGAAAGACUGUUCCGAUGUGCCUCCUCCAAUAUCACUUUCGUUCCUUACGACGGUCAUUUCCUUCGUCCUGUUUUUCUUUAUAGUGCCCACAAACUUUCUCAUCUGCUGGGCGGUGUACAAGCAGCGACGAAAACUGCUGCGAAAUGCGUUUAACUGCUUGGUAGUCAAUUUGGCAUUUGCCGACCUCGUUGUUGGCCUUAUCGCGCUGACGAUAUCUACCAAUGUUCACCUGCUGGAGGCAUUAACAAAUCAUCCCGACUUACCAGUUCUUGCAGUGGCUCACGUAUCGUAUUUCAUCUGCUGCUCGGCAUCAACUCUCAGUCUCACAGCAAUGGCUGUCGAUCGUUACAUCGCUGUGGCGCGUCCAGUUAUCUACAGGAACAAAAUACGCCCAAGCCAUGCGCUCGCUGUAUCGGUUUGCGUUUGGAUUGUAUCCAUUUCCCUGCCGUCAGUGCUGUAUUUCGAAAUAGGAUUCAUUAAAUAUGCCUUUGUUUUCGCCAAUAUGGCAAUCUUUGCGACCGUAAUUAUAUUUUUCUUCUCGUACAUCUCCGUGUAUCACAAACUUCGUACACAGUUUCAGGUGUCGUCGCAUCUUCAUUCCGGCAUGAACUUUGAAAGCGCCAAUAAAAGGGCUCUUGAACAGGAAAAGCGCAUAGCGAAGACAUUCGUGCUCAUACUCGCUGCAUACCUCAUCUGUUAUACCCCUUCGUGCGUGAUUAUCUACACUUUGAACUUAUGCCACAGUUGCAGCUGCAUUACGAUUCAUUGGCUACGAGAUCUUCAGUAUGUUUUCAUCUGGCUAAACUCAAGCCUCAAUCCUUUUCUUUAUUCUUGGCAAAUUCCAGCCUUCAGAGAAGCUGUUUUAGACAGUAUGCCUCUUAAAAGAAGGAAGAGGUUUGAACCAAGUUGCUCCUGGCCAGUCGUUAGAAAUGAUCGAGGACAAUUCAAUCCUUCGAGCGAGAGUAACUAUCUC